CUCCGCCGCCUGCCGCACUCUCCUGCGACGCCACAACCACACGUUCACGGUAGCGAGAGCUUAUCGUCGUCGGCGGUGAAGAUGGUGUCGCUGAAGCUGCAGAAGCGGCUCGCCGCUAGCGUCCUCAAGUGUGGGAAAGGCAAAGUCUGGCUUGACCCCAAUGAAGUCAGCGAGAUCUCCAUGGCUAACUCCCGCCAGAACAUCCGGAAGUUGGUUAAGGAUGGGUUUAUCAUCAGGAAGCCUCAGAAGGUUCACUCUAGGUCCCGUGCAAGAAGGGCACAUGAGGCCAAGCAGAAGGGAAGGCACUCUGGAUACGGCAAGCGCAGGGGUACCAGGGAGGCUAGGCUCCCCACCAAGAUUCUGUGGAUGAGGAGGAUGCGUGUUCUGAGGCGCCUGCUCCGCAAGUACCGUGAGGCCAAGAAGAUCGACAAGCACAUGUAUCAUGACAUGUACAUGAAGGUCAAGGGUAAUAUGUUUAAGAACAAGAGGGUGCUUAUGGAGAGUAUCCACAAGUCCAAGGCUGAGAAGGCCAGAGAGAAGACACUUUCUGAUCAGUUUGAGGCCAAGCGUGCAAAGAGCAAGGCAAGCCGUGAGAGGAAGAUUGCUAGGAGGGAGGAGAGGCUGGCCCAGGGCCCAAGAGAACCAACAGCACCUGUCGCAGCCCCAGCUCCAUCUACUGGGGUGCCAAAGAAAGCAAAGAAGUGAAGUAUGGAAACAAAGCUGUAGCUUUUUGGUACUAUAUAAGCAUGACUUUGGAGCACCUGAAGUAUUUUGCUGUUAUAUAGUUCGUGUCUCAAUAUUCUGAGUCUUGUAUCUCUACCGUUCUGUUGGAUAAUGCAUGCCGUAAGAGUUGUUUAUGGAGCUUUUGUUGUUACAGGACCCCUAAAAAUGUUUGUUUGACGGAUGUUUGGAAUUGUGGUCAUGUUUAUGAAAAUU